AUGAAUCUGAAACAGCUCCGUGAAGAGGCUUCGAGUAGAGGAGUUACUGCUGCUAGAAGUAAGGAGCUUCUGGAGAGGCUCUGUGCUGGAGGUGCCAACGAUUUUAAAAACAAUGGCGAAGAUGAUAGCAAAGAUGGUAAUGCGCACUUCCAUGCACUGCAGAAAGUGAAAACCAUUGAUGACAUGCGAGGAAUGAGUAUAAAGCAGCUUCAAGAAGAAUCUGGCGCACGAGGACUUAUUGUCGUUGGCACGAAGGAGCUGCUGGAGAGAUUGUGUGGUGAUAACCGCAAUGUCUCAAAUGACAAUGAUACUGAUGAUACGUGUGGUUCGUGUUGUCGAAUCCAAACUGGCAAAGAAAUAUGGUGA